AUGUUCUCAGAGAUUAUCAUGGAAACACUCCCUCCAUACCAGUUGCUACGCUAUCUCCCGACCCAUCAAGUUUUGAUUUGUUUGCACUGCCGCUAUGCCAUUCAACCAGGGGCUAUCGUCCGCCAUCUCAAAGAGAUCCACCAUUUAGAUCGUUUGCGACGUCGAGCAUUUGUCGAUUAUGCGGCUCAGUUUGAGUUAGCACCAAUAUAUUCUGUAGUCUUACCAGACGAGACCGAGUUUCCGGUGGACUUGUUACCGAUUCACAGCGGGCUGGUCUGUCGCUUUGAGGGGUGCGCUCACCUAUGUGCUACUCUCAAGCGAAUGAAAGCGCACCAGUCAUCUGUGCAUUGUAACAGUACCAGCAAUGAUAAAAGCUGGUGCUCAGUGCCGCUGCAGACCUUCUUUCGGGGAAAUGCCUUGCGCUAUUUUACAAACCCAGCGCUCUUGGCGUUGUCGACUGAUAGUCCAGAAGAACCGAUGAGCGCAAGUGAGGAAUCUCCAAUAACUACUAUCACUACCCCAGAUUCAGAUGACGAGCAAAGGAUGUCAAGUCUAUCUACCUAUGAAAAUAACGUAUCGUUGUACGCCAAGAACAUGCACCUCUUCAACCAUUAUCUAAACUCCACAUAUAAAACGAUAUCAUGUGGCCCAGAUACUGACAGUGUCUUCCGGAUUAUUGUCCCCAAAUUAGCCGCCCAAUUCCCAUUCUUGCUUCAUGGCAUGCUAGCCUGUUCGGCGCUCCACUUGGCUUCCAGCAACCCCCUGAACCAAAGAUCAUACAUGUUCCAGGCGAUCCACCAUCAAGACCAAGCACUUCCAGCAUUUCACUUGGCAACUAUGCAGGUCGACACGAAUAAUUGUCAAGCAAUACUGGCCUAUGCAUUCUUCCUUGUCAUCUAUGGCCUAAGCUCCGAAAGUGAAGAUGAGAUAUUGUUUCUCGGUAAUGAAGGGGAAGCAAUAUCCCCUUCGAACUGGAUUAGUCUUUUGCGCAAUGGCUGCUCCAUGCUGUGUGAUGUCUGGUCUGAACUAACACAGGGGUCAUUGGCGCCAUUCGCAGCAAUAUGGCGGGAUGAUCUCGGCUUCACUGCAGACCCGAGUGAUCCAUUACUUGUAUCAUUGUUGUCUGCCAUGUCAGACUCAAGCGAAGUUGUUGAUUGUGACCAGAGAUUUUCGGAUGAUGAUAUGCAUGUAUACCGCGAUGCAGCUCUCAGGUUGGCCGAAGCAUUUGAGUUUACUCGACGAUUUGGCGCGACCUUGAGUAUUUGGGAUGCUUUGAGCUCGUGGCUAACGCGGGUUUUGCCCGAGUACUUUGAUUUGUUAGAUCGUAACCACCCGGGGGCAUUGCUACUCUUAGCUCAUUACGCUGUCCUACUGAAGCCACUCCAGGCUGAGUGGUUUCUAAGGGGUCGGAUUACGAAGCUGAUGGAUGAAAUUGGGCGACGGCUGGAGGGGAAUUGCUCUCUGGGCAUAUGGAAUUCGUUUUUGAUUGCCCAUCAAAAAUUUACUUCUUGA